AUGUUUAGUUUAUCUCCAAUUUUACUCUCUUUGACUACAUUUCUUUGUAUUAAAGGAUUCGAAAUAGACCCCCAUGAUGCCUCUUCUGUUGAUGAAGCUACGGGUUUGGUCGCGGACGGAAUGCUAGAUUACUAUGCUGGAUAUGAGAAAGGCGGAACAACAGGAAUGUUUCUACCUCCUGCGUACUGGUGGGAGGCAGGAGCUGCUUGGAAUGGUCUUUUAAAUACUUACUUAGCUACAGGAAAUUCUACUUACAAUAAUCUCGUAAAAACAAGCUUGUCAUAUCAGGCGGGUGAAAAUUCAGAUUAUAUGCCUUCUAACUACUCUACCUCGGAAGGCAAUGAUGACCAGGCUUUUUGGGGUCUCGCUGCGAUUUCAGCUGCAGAAUCAAAUUUUACCAACCCAAAAGCUAAUGAGCCACAAUGGUUAGAAUUGGCUCAAUCAGUAUUUAACCAGCAAGUUACUCGCUGGGACAAUAGUCACUGUAAUGGUGGAAUUAGAUGGCAAAUAACCCAAUUCAAUUCUGGAUUCAACUAUAAGAAUUCUGUUACAAAUGGUGCAUUCUUUCAACUUGCAGCAAGGUUGGCACGUUUCACCGGAAAUGACACUUAUACUCAGUGGGCCGAAAAGGCGUACGACUGGAGUGUUAAUGUAGGAUUUAUUCGGGACGAUUAUUCCGUAUAUGAUGGAAGUUUAAUUAAGGAUAACUGUUCGGCCCUUGAAACGACAGAAUGGUCUUACAAUAGUGGUUUAUAUAUGGCGGGAACGGCGUUUCUGUAUAAUUAUACAGGGUCUUCAGUAUGGAAAACCCGGACAGAAGGGUUUGUGAACAAAUCAAUUGAUUUGUUUUUUCGUAAUGAUGUGCUCUAUGAGCCAGCUUGUGAGCUUAGUGGCUCCUGCAAUUAUGACCAAACGUCUUUCAAAGGAUUUUUAGCACGAUUUAUGGUGUAUACCGCGCAUAUGGCACCAUUUACUCUUUCUAAAAUUGAGACAUGUCUAAGCAAAACAGCCAUUGCUGCAGCAGGAGCUUGCUGCGGAGGAAGUGAUGGUGUUACAUGUGGUUUCCAAUGGUGGUGGAUGAAUAAUACGUGGGAUGGGCUUUAUGGUUUGGGAGAGCAAUUGUCCGCGUUGGAGGCAAUACAGGGUCCAUUAUUACUUCAAAACCUCAGAAUUUAUAAUAGUCAAGAUGGCGGAUCUUCAACAGGAGAUCCUAUGGCUGGAUUAUAUACGCCAACGGUAUCGUUUGCUAUAACAGAAUUGUCAAUCAAAAAGCAACAUUAUAUCCUGUUGAGUAUAAGUCUUGGGCUUUUACUGCUUGUGCUAACUUAGACGGUAUUUUUCUUUUAUUAAAGUAGAGGUCGGAUCUUUUUUUUAUAUCUUUGUCUCUGAAGGUCUUUGGAAAGUUUUUAAGGCCUCAUUAGUAGUUUACCACCAUUAAUACUUUUUCGUUUGCAACGAUUUAAUGCAACUCACUCGCAAUUGACGAUCUUUUGGGAAUCUAGGAAAAUUACAUUCGACGUUCAUACGAACCAUUAAUGUCAUUACAACUUAUACAAUUUGUCUUGUUUUAUAAGCUACUUUCUUUUGUCUCGUUUCACAGA